CACUGCUUGAACACUCCUAAACCCUUCCCCUCCCCCCCUAAUGCGCCUAUGGCCGGCCUGAUCUCGCCCUCCCCUCUACUACUCGCGAGUCGACGGGCGGCUUUCGCGCCGCUUCUCCGUCGCCCGGUCUACGAGGCGCGGACAGAAGCGAUCUUCACCGUUCGUCGCGGGCGGCGCCAGGAUCUCUCCAUCUCGCCGUCCAUCCCACCCUCCCCCUCGCCAGUAGCAAAUUCGUCUCACCGGUUAUCUUCCCCCGUUCCAGCGCCUCUCCGCGCAGUCUACGCGCGCGCCUCUUCCGCAAGCGCCGCGUCCGCGCCUUCCCCCGCGGGCGCACGUUCCGCCGCUUCCGCCACCCCCGCCACCCCCAUCCCCGCGCCAGUCCCCGUGGUGCUGACGAUCGCGGGAUCGGACUCGGGCGGCGGCGCGGGGAUCCAGGCGGAUAUUAAAGCGAGCGCGGCGCACGGCACGUGGUGCGCGACGGCGAUCACUGCAGUGACGGCGCAGAACACACGUGGCGUGCAGUCCGUGCACGGCGUUGAUGCUGACGUGGUUGUCGCGCAAUUGAGGAGCGUUCUUAGCGACCUGCCUGUUGCUGCUAUCAAGACGGGCAUGCUGCCAAACGCGGAGGUGGUGGCUGCUGUGUGCGACGUGAUGGAGGGAGAGGCGAAGGGAGUUCCUCUGGUGGUCGACCCAGUGCUCGUGGCGUCCAGUGGGGACUCGCUAGCAGACAACCAAGCCCUGCAGCUCAUUCGCUCCCGCCUGCUCCCCCUGGCCGCUGUCGUCACGCCCAACCUAAAGGAGGCCGAGGCCCUGCUGCUGCUGGCGCCUGGAUCCAUUCGGACCAUAGAGGACAUGCAGAGAGCAGCCAAGGGCAUACACGCACUGGGCGCCAGGUCGGUGCUUGUAAAGGGCGGUCAUCUUGAGGGGGACGCAGCAACAGACGUCUUCUACGACGGAGCGGCGUUCCAUGAGCUUUCUUCGCCCCGACUGGCCACCACCAACACGCACGGCACGGGGUGCAGCAUGGCUGCUAGCAUUGCCGCUGAGCUGGUGCAGGGGAGAGGGGUGAAAGAGGCCGUAGUGGAGGCCAAGGCCUACCUCUCCCACAUCCUCGCUAAGAGCGUCCCCAUAACCAUGGGCAGCGGGCCCCAGGGCCCUCUCAACCAUCUGCCCCUCUCCUGCCACUUCGGCCUACCCAACGCACGCGCUGCCUUCCGGCCUGGCAUGCUGCGGCUGUACGCUGUGACUGACUCGAGAAUGAACAAGACGUGGGGGCGGAGUGUGGGGGAUGCGAUACGGGAAGCUAUAGCAGGGGGGGCGACUUUCCUACAGAUCAGGGAGAAGGACAUUGAGACUGGAGACUUCGUCCAGCAAGCAGCAGAGGCAGUGGCGGUGGCGCGGGCGCACGGCAUCCCCCUGGUGAUCAAUGACCGCGUCGACGUGGCUCUGGCAGUGGAUGCAGACGGCAUCCACGUGGGGCAGUCCGACAUGGAUGCUGCAACCGUCAGGCAGAUCCUCGGCCCUACGCGGAUCAUUGGUGUCUCAUGCAAGAGUCCAGCGCAUGCCGAGAAGGCGUGGAGGGACGGAGCGGAUUAUAUCGGGGUCGGGGGUGUAUUCCCAACGAAGACCAAGGAGAAUAACCGCACUAUUGGGGUGGCAGGCCUCGCGGACGUGUGCCUUGUAUCGAAGCUUCCGGUUGUUGCUAUAGGGGGGAUAUCUGGGGGGAAUAUUGCGGAUGUGGUGGAAGGAGUGGCUGAAGCUGCUUCUAAGGCAGCUCAAGCAGGUGAGUCCUCAGGUGAAUCUUCAGGUGGUUCUGGAGGUGUGUGGGGGAAGAGUGCAUGCGGAGCACUGGGAGGGGUUGCAGUGGUGUCUGCAAUAUUCAACCAAGCAGAUAUUGUCGUUGCGACAAAGGGCCUUGUGCAAGCCUUGGAUGCUGCAGAGGAUGGCACACUUUUGUGUAAAUGAGUCUUCGUAUUGUUGUGUAGUGUUGGUGGUGCUAUGCUCUGGUGUGGUGUUUGGUGACAAUUUUAUUCAUAUGUUUUGAAGUAGGGGUGACAGUUAGAAGUUCGAUUUUUUUUUUUUUUUUUUUUGAAAGUAGUGGGAGCUCGAAUCAUCUUUGUUCUUGCUUAGCACUCCUUUAAUUACCAGCAUCCA